GUAAAUGUCGCGGGAAUCUGUGCACCACAAUCUGGAAAUCCGAUGCGUGUUUGUCGGAACGUUUUUACGAAUAAUAAUAAUGAACAUGAAUGCUAAAUGAUUUGGGUGGAUCAUGGAGACGCCGAAUCCUCCGGUUAACAUCGACAAGAGGUUCCCGAGCGUGCCGUUCAACCCGCGCAGGAAGCUGAGCAUCCCCGUGGCCUUCUCUGCGCAGAACAUCGAACAGAUCGCGAUACGCAGGCGCUUCAGUAACGUGGGCGAUGCCGUCACCCGGAAACUUUCGACUACGAUCGGAUGGCGGGGGAUCGGAAGUGGUAAACCUCCGGAGGAGGUUGUGGCCAUAGGAAGGGCCCUUUGCACCCUGUACGUGAGGAGCAGGCUGAAGAGGGCUUGUGUUUUCAACAGGAAGCUGGGGCUGACGAGAGUCAGGAGUGCCGUUGGCACUUUGACAGGUUGUGGCGCAGUAGUCAGAGAAGUAUUCCCAUGCCUGGCCUGUGCCUGCAACGAAUUGGAACGGAUGUUCCCGAGACUCUAUUCCAACAUCACGAGACAAACGGGUCCUUCUCCGGGAGGAGGCAUUUCCGGAUUGCUGCUGGCCUUUGGCCACCAUAUUUUGAGGUCGCAGCCUUCCUGGGGGAAGGUGGUGGCGAUUUACAGUGUGGCCGGUGGUUUGGCCGUGGACUGCGUUCGACAGGGACACCACGAUGACCUGCACGUGCUUUUGGAGGACAUGACUGAGCUUUUGGAGGACCGUUUGGCCCAUUGGGUCCACGCGAACGGUGGAUGGGCCGGACUGACUUCUCAGUGUUUAGAUCAGGAUCAGGAAAUCUCAAUAGUGGAGUACUUAACGAUCUUUGGACUUGUAGGGACGAUUUUGUUGGUAGCUUAUUUCUUGGUACGAUUUUUUGUUUCGUUUAGCCUGUUGUAAACUUUGUAUGACUGUUUAGUGAAUGGUUUUUGUAAAUUAUUUGAUUUAUUCAUUGUUAAAACAUUAUUUAUAAUAAAUAAACUCAUUAUAAUUAUAUAAACUGUUUUUAAUUAAAAAAAUUAGUUAUAAAC